GCUGGCGAUCACGCGACCUAUUUUAUAUAAAGUAUAUUAGAAUAAAGAAUUUGGCAUAGUAAAUUUAUCAGCUAAGUGGCCUUCGUAACCAAUAAUAGCGAUAAUUUACAGAGCUGCUGAGCACACAGUGACACAAAUUAGUAUGCGCAAAAAAAAAUCGCUAUUUGAGUAACGAUGAGCCAGCCCUCGAUGGGUCACUCCUCUGAUAACCCCUGCACGACGCCUUCUCAGACCUCCGACACUCUCAGAUGCAAAGAGGACUUCACCCUUCUGCGUCGCGCCAGUCUAUAAAGGCAACUGGCGCACACAAAAGAAACAGUCCAUAUUCGUUCUCCGCCGAUGAUGUUAAUCAUUUACGCGGACGAGAUCACAAUAUCACAUUAGAUCGCACAGCCUCGCCUGCAAUGACACUAAAUAAAUCCAGUAAAGUGUCUUCGAUAUUUUAAAAAUCCCUCCAUUUUUCAAACGCGCACGCGCGGUUCUUUCACUGUGAUUGGUCGUGAAACGGAACGUGAAGGUUCAACAACAUGAGUGUAAUGCAAAACAGUGUCACUGUGACUGUCAGUCGUGCUACGUGCAAUAGCAAAGGGAGCAUGAUUGUUGUGUCGAACAGGCUGCCUUUUAUUCUGAAGAGAAAUGAGACAACCGGUGAAUUAGAGAGAAAGGCCAGCGCCGGCGGUCUGGUGACCGCUGUGGCGCCGGUGGUGAUAAGAGGGAAAGGCAUCUGGGUGGGCUGGCCCGGCAUUCACCUGGACAAUCCAAACGAGAAGAUCCCCGAGUCCGAUCCCAAUGACAAGACGCCGACUGCCGGCCUGCUAUCUAGUAAGAUCGUUGCGAUUCACGCCGAGCCAAAGUUAUUCGACAGUUACUACAAUGGUUGUUGCAAUGGUACUUUCUGGCCUCUGUUCCACUCCAUGCCAGAUCGAGCAACAUUCAUCGUCGACCACUGGAAGGCAUAUGUCAAAAUCAACGAGGAGUUUGCAAUGAAGACCAUACACGCCCUUAAGUUGCUGAAGGACAAGAAAGAAAAGGAUAAUGGCCCUCCCAUUGUCUGGGUUCACGAUUACCAUCUCAUGUUGGCCGCCAAUUGGAUCCGACAGCGGGCCGAAGAGGAUGAGAUAAAAUGCAAGCUCGGAUUCUUCCUUCACAUUCCAUUUCCGCCAUGGGACAUAUUUAGAUUGCUUCCAUGGUCUGAUGAAGUGUUGCAAGGCAUUUUAGGUUGCGACAUGGUUGGUUUCCACAUAACAGAUUACUGCUUAAACUUUAUCGACUGUUGCCAAAGAAGCUUAGGUUGCCGUGUUGACCGAAAAAAUCUUCUGGUCGAAUUGGGAGGUCGUACAAUUUGCGUGCGGCCUUUGCCAAUCGGUGUACCAUUCGACAGAUUCGUCUCAUUGGCUCAAAACGCUAAACCAGUACUUAACAUGAGCCAGCAAAUAAUACUAGGAGUUGAUAGGCUAGAUUAUACCAAAGGAUUAGUGCACAAAUUGAAAGCUUUUGAAAGGCUAUUAGAAAAACACCCAGAGCAUAUAGAAAAAGUUGUAUUACUACAGAUCUCAGUUCCGUCAAGAACAGAUGUAAAGGAAUAUCAGGAUUUGAAGGAAGAAGUGGACCAAUUAGUUGGAAGAAUUAAUGGAAGGUUUACGACACCCAACUGGUCUCCAAUUAGGUAUAUUUUCGGCUGCAUUGGUCAAGAACAGCUUGCAUCGUUCUACCGUGACGCUGCUGUGGCUCUGGUUACACCUCUCAGAGAUGGAAUGAAUCUAGUCGCUAAAGAAUUCGUGGCUUGUCAGAUUAACAAGCCUCCUGGAGUACUCAUAGUCUCUCCCUUUGCUGGUGCGAGUGAGAUGAUGCACGAAGCACUUAUAUGCAAUCCAUAUGAACUGGAUGAUUGUGCUGCAGUUAUCCAUAGGGCACUUAUAAUGCCAGAAGACGAGCGCACAGUUCGGAUGAACCAUCUCAGGCGGAGAGAACAACAGAACGACGUGGAUAGCUGGAUGAUGGCAUUCCUCAAAGCCAUGGACUCACUAGAAGAGGAAGCGGAUGACGUCGGUGCCACGUCCAUGCAGCCCGUCACUAUUGAUGACUUCGAUGAAUAUUUGUCCAAAUACAUCGGCUACACGCAGAAGUUGGCUCUUCUACUAGACUACGAUGGAACCCUAGCGCCUAUCGCACCCCACCCCGACCUGGCGACUUUACCACUCGAAACCAAACACACGCUCCAGCGUCUCUCCAACAUGUCCGAUGUCUACAUCGCGAUCAUAUCUGGAAGAAACGUCAACAAUGUUAAGGAAAUGGUGGGCAUAGAAGGCAUCACAUACGCUGGGAACCAUGGCUUGGAGAUCCUACACCCCGACGGCAGUAAAUUCGUGCAUCCCAUGCCUUUGGAACUGCAAGACAAAGUCGUUGAUCUGCUCAAAGCUUUACAAGAACAGGUUUGUAAAGAUGGCGCCUGGGUGGAGAACAAGGGAGCCCUGCUCACGUUCCACUUCCGAGAGACGCCACUAGCGAAACGCGCGGCGUUGGCGGAUGUGGCGAGACAACUGAUCACAGCAGCCGGGUUCGAAGCCGCGCCUGCACACUGCGCUAUCGAAGCCCGUCCGCCCGUUGAGUGGAACAAAGGUCGUGCAUCCAUCUAUAUUCUAAGGACAGCCUUUGGGUUGGACUGGAGCGAACGAAUCCGGAUCAUAUACGCCGGCGAUGACGUCACAGAUGAAGACGCCAUGUUGGCCCUCAAAGGUAUGGCAGCGACGUUCCGUAUCGCUUCAUCAACCAUCACGAAGACAUCAGCCGAAAGACGUCUAUCCUCAACCGAUUCAGUGCUGGCGAUGCUCAAGUGGGUUGAGAGGCAUUUUUCCCGACGUAAACCCCGAGCCAAUUCGUUGACGUACAAAGGAGCUAGAAUUGCCCGGGAUACCCUUCAAAUGCAAAUGUCCUACCACCUGCCCCCCAGGUCUCCGAGACAAACCCCUCCACGCACGCCUGAAGUCAUUUCGAGCGGUUCGGAUUCGAGUUAAACGAAAUGUCAGCUCGAUGGCACUUUUUUUAUGACCUACAUGAUAUUGUGUACAUGGCGAUUUAAUUUAUUCUUAUGGCGAUUAAUCUUUUUCUUGACUUCAGUGUUCUUAGCAAGCGAUUUCAUAUCUCACCAACGGUGGUAGAAUUCGAGCGUCGAUACACAGUAACGUCAGGAUAAAAUGGACCUAAUAGCCUUUAAGUUAAAGUCGAAAACUCAUUAUCAUCGAUUUUAACUUCACAAGUUUUCCGAUUGGAGCGCUAGUUAUAGAUAUAAAUUUAUAGAUGUGUGGUAUGGGCGAACUUGAUCUCUAAACCAAGGCAGUUAAGGUCCACACUGUAGUGUUUCGAGUUGCGACGCUCGAAUUCUAUCGAUGUUGGUGUGAUGUGAAAUUUUAUACUAAACCUUACAAAGCUUGAUUGUAGAUAAAAAACAUUUGUCAUAGGCAUUCAUUAGAACUCAAAUAUUAUUGACGCUUGGCAAAAUAUUAGAUAUUUAGAGCCUUUAUAAAACUGGAAAAAAAGAUUAGCAAUAUAAAUUAAUUUGUGCAAUACAAGUUAUAAGUAUACAAAUCUACUACAAUGCAAAGCUACACUUUAUAUGUAUAAUAGCUAAAUAUAAACGUAUUUUCCUUUUUAAUUACAUUUUAGCAAUUAUUAUUUAAUAUGCUUGUCGAAUCAGCUUAUUCGACUUUCAAUAGAAAUAUUUUGAAAUGUGCUUUUUCAGCCGAUUUGAGGCUUGUAGAUUUUAGUUUACCUACCCAAAUCAAAGAUUAACUUACUAAUACAUUUAAUGAAAGUUAGCUGCAGUAUACUACCACUUUUAUAAGUCGCAUCGACAAAAUUCGACGCCCACUAAAACCGAAUGUAGACCAAUAAAAUACAGAUCUUAUUGCUUGACGUUAAGAUUUAAAACUCAAGAACAAUAGAGACUCGUGCUAUCUUGCUCAUAAUCGCGCGUACAAAAAAAUUGCGCGAAAGGAACACCCAAUAGCGGAUGGACUCGCGCUGUUUGGAUGAAAUAUUUUCGCGCCAUUCAAAACUAAGAUAAUAUGAAAGAUUAAGAUAAAAUUUAGAUUUAUAGCUCAUUCCGGUUCACACAGGCUGCGUAAGCGUAGACGUAGCGCGUACCAUUGAGUUGUAAUGUAGGGAACUGUAUGAAACAUGGCACACCGCUUGCGUAAAGCGUGGACGUUAUGCGUAAUCCAGUGUGUUAGGGGUUUACGCGCGUCACUACGCACGUAUCACGUGUAUUGGUGUGAAUCGACCGUUACCGUGGGACAUCGGUAUAAUAAUUUAUAAAAGUGGUAGUACUGGCGAAACCAAUACUUCAUUUUAGGUUGUUAUUUUAAACGCGUAGGUAUGAAUUUUCCAAAUUAGGAUUUGUUUUAUGUUAAUGUUUAGACCGAUCGCAUAUUAUCAGAAAUCGUCUACUAGAAAACUUUCUGUCACACUCACUCUACGAACAGCAAAAGCAUAAAAUUUUUUCAAAAAAUGUAAUGCACAGAAUGCUUGUCCAGCGUGCGUCAGAAUUUUUUUGAUAGAAAUUUCUGAUCAUAUAUGCUGUCAGACUAAGGAAGUAGGUAUGCUUGAGUAAGACAUACCUAAUUGUCUUGAUGUGAUAGAGUAGUGAUAAUUUUGUUGUAAGUCUCUAUUAUCUCGUAAGUUAUUUUCUAAUAAUUUAUAUUUAUAGUUCACUGGGCUGUGGAAGUGUACUGUAGAUUAUAUUAUAAUAUUAUAGUUUUUCUGGGAAGUAUUUUAGUAUUGAGUUGAAUUUAUAUUUCCGAAAAAUUGGCAGCAAUACAAGCAAAAACUAUUAGUAUCAUAGAUAUAGAAAAACACAAAAAAACACAUAAACAUACAAAUAAUAUGAAGAAAACAACUUUUGAACAACUUUACAUUUCGUAAACAAGCGUUCUUUUUUAACAAUGUUGCUACUUACUAAGUGUUUUUAACCAUUUUCAAUGUUCAGAUCAAAUAAAUAUUCUAUUUUAAUGAUUUUUGCACAAUACAGAAUGUACAAAUGACGGUAUUUGUGUUGCAUAUAAAAGUACAUUACUAAUGUUAGGUAACAUCGACCUAAAAAUUAUUGCUUUACCACCCUUAGAUUGAACGUCAUUAGAACAUUAUAAAACUACAAUAUUUAGUUUCGUUUAUAAGACAUGCAUCAUCAUCAUCAUCAAACCAUCGCCAGUUCACUACUGAAAAUGGGUCUCCUCUCAGAACGAGGUUUUGGCGAUAGUCCACCACGCUGGUCAAGUGCGGAUUGGCAGACUUCACACACCUUCGAGAACAUUAUGGAGAACUCUUAGGCAUGCGCACGUUUUCACAUGAUGUUUUCUUGCUUAAAAUGCUCAUAAUACCGAAAAAGAGGCGUGCCUGGGAUUGAAUCCCCAAUCUACCUAAUUAUUCCUAUUUGGAGUCAAAUUUUCAAAAUGGCGAUAGUGUUGCCACUUGUUUUAGACAUUUUUUGUGGUUUAUGAACAGAGGCAUAGAUUAACCAGAUUAUUAUUUUAAUCAUGCACACUUGUUCAGGAACUAUGCAAAUUUUUGUAGCUAGUAUUUUCUAAUAUUCUAAUUUUUAUUUAUUUAUACUGGCAACACUAAAAGUCCAUAAAGACUAGUCUAGAAAUUAUCAUGUAAUACAUCGUACUGAAUGUCUCGAAUUUCUAAUACUUUACGUAUUUUUAGAUACAUUUUGUUUUUCUAAUGUGUAUUCAAUAAAAUCUACAACAGACGGAAAA